CAUUCUUUUCAAAUAAAAAAAAAAUCACUUAAAAUUAAGUUGAAAGAUGAAGGUUUCUGGUGCUAAGACCCUGCCGCUGCUGGUUUUUGUGGUGGUGAUGACAGGAUUGGUGGAGCAAGGGAAAGGCCAUGCUUGUGCUAACACUUUCUUCUCAGCACUUGUUCAAAUGAUACCUUGCAGGGCAGCAGUUGCUCCUUCUAGGCCAAUUCCACCAAGUGAAGCCUGUUGCAAUGCUGUGAAAUCUCUUGGUCAACCUUGUCUGUGUGUGCUUCUAAAUGGCCCUCCAAUUUCUGGUGUUGACAGGAACAUGGCCUUGCAGCUUCCUGACAAAUGCUUUGCCAACUUUGAACCAUGUGAAAUUACAAGGAAGUAGGAGCAUAGAGCACAGCUAUGAUAAGGAUAAAACACGUGAUAAGAGCUACCUGGGUUCAUUUCUUGGAAUAGUAGUAAUGCUGUUAGUAAUGAGAGGAUAUAAAUUAAACUAUGUAUUGAAACUACUGGAUUUUAGCUCUUGAUGUUUAAUUUCUCUCUCUCUCUCUCUCUCUCUCUCUCCCCGUUGUUUCCUUGUCCUUCCAUGUGAUAGAUUGUUGGUCUUUUUAGUUAUGAAUAAUGGAAGCUUUCUUCCUUAAUUCUAUUCAUAACAUGCUUGCAAUUUCUUGUUUUAUAUCUUUAAUUUAGCAAUAAUGAAUUCAGUCAUCAAUUCAUGUGAA